GUGUAGAAAAGAAGGCGAUGGACGGAGAUUUAAGGGGAAAACUUCAAUCUGUGUUCGAUGUGUGUGAUGUUGAAAAGGAAGGCUAUAUAACCGUUGAUCACUUUAAGAAUUUGGCUAAAGAACAUUUCGGAGCUGACAGUGAUGAGAACGUAGUCGGCAUUGUACAGAUUCUUGAUCCUGAAGGGAAAGGGAAGAUUAAUUUUGACGAUUUCUGCCAAGGUGUUAAUCAAAUACUUGAACUUCAGCCUCAGACACCAGUAACUGACCUCUCCAAAAGCCCGUUUGACCUGUCCACAAGCUUUGCCAGUAACGGAAUAGGAGAGCUGCUGGGAGACGUCUCACCUACCGAGUGUAAGGAAGUGUCCGAGGCAAGUGCAUACACGUUUAAUGAGUAUGAUACAAAUACAGAUGAGGAUGGAGUAGGCCUUCUGAUAGAUUUCUCUACCCCUGAACCAGUGCGUAAGGACCUCCAGCAACUGUCUUAUAAUAGUGGACUUGAUUGUACAGACGAAGAAAAUUUUGAAGAUUUUGGAGAAGCAGAUGACCUAGAAUCUGAUACAUCUGACCACCUCAGUCAUAACAAGAGCUGUGAGAACUGUCACAAGAUCCGGACAAAGAGGGGAGUUAACUAUCGAGAAAAGCAUCACCGUCGCAAUUCCUCAGGUGUCAGUCGGCGAUCAGUCACAGCAGCUUUACACAAUAAUAAUCACUUCCCACCCAAAAGUCGGAGCCCUGCACCGGAUGACGAGGUGUUGGCCGAUAUUGACGGCAGUUUUAAUCAACUCAACGACAAAGUACAGUUACUUGAGAACCAGAUUUUACAAUUGAACGAAGAAAAAAAGAACUCAUUUUCAUUACAGACAAAGUUCAAAGACGAUAACAGCAUCCUCAUUGAAAGAGUCCAUACUUUAGAAGAACAGCUCAAGGACGUGGAAAUUAAAUCGGACGAGCGUGUCUUUGACGAGCAGAAAAAAUACAAGGAAAUCAUGUCGCGGAAGGAGAGAGAGAAAUCAGAUGAGAUGGAGUAUAUAACACGAAGGCUCCAAACUCUAGAAAGCGAAUGUGAUCAGUUGAAGCAAGAAAAUCCUAAGUUGCGUCUGGACAUAGAGAGGUUACGAAAUGAAAAAAGAGAGCUUCAGGAAAAGUUGUCUGAAACACAGGUCGACUAUAACAUGUUGUUAAAUGAACAUGAAGACUUUAAAAGACGAGCAGAAAGGGAACGGGAAACAACAGGCCAGUUAUUAGAUGAGUUGGGGAAGGAACUAGGAGAACUCCGACAAUAUAAAAUAGAAAUGGACUUACAUCGACCAAGAGGGGAUAGUCAAGGCGAGUUACCAGGUCGCUACCAUGCCCUUCAGACAGAAGUGUCAAGGUUAAAAGAGGAGAACAAGGCACUCCACGACACAAAUGAGGAUCUAAGUGCCCAGCUUCUUACCAAUUGUUUGGAGGAGGGACGAUCGCUGGUCGGCAGUAAGGAGAACUCCCUAGCUGCAGAACUCGACCACCUUACGAAAGAGGAGUUAAUGGACAAAUUGAGGAAACAGACAGAUAUCAAUAUUCGACUGGAAGCCUAUGUGGACCGGAUACUUUUACGAAUAAUGGAGAUGAACCCCACCCUAUUGGAAGUGAAUGUCUAUGUUUCUCUAUCACACCUUCACUUUGGACAAACAGAAAAGUAUAGGUGGAUAUUUGAUCCUGGGUUUAGAAUGUCCAGUGACAUGAGGUUUAGAAUGUCCAGCGACACGAGGUUUAGAAUGUCCAGUGACACGAGGUUUAGAAUGUCCAGCGAUCCUGGUUUUAGAAUGUCCAGCGACACAAGGUUUAGAAUGUCCAGCGAUCCUGGGUUUAGAAUGUCCAGUGAUUCUGUGUUUAGAAUGUCCAGUGAUCCUAGGUUUAGAAUGUCCAGUGAUCCUGGGUUUAAAAUCUCCAGUUAUCCUAGGCUUAGAAGGUCCAGUGAUCCUGUGUUAAGAAUGUCCAGUGAUCCUAGGUUUAAAAUCUCCAGUGAUCCUAGGUUUAAAAUCUACAGGGAUCCUGUGCUAAGAAUGUCCAGUGAUUCUAAGUUUAAAAUGUCCAGUGAUCCUAGAAUUAAAAUCUCCAGUGAUCCUAGGCUUAGAAUGUCCAGUGAUCCUAGGUUUAAAAUCUCCAGUGAUCGCGUGACGAUGUUUAAAUUCUUGAAAAGGCAUCCGCCAAAGGAUAGUGAAGAACGAGAAAAAUUAAAGAAGGAAUUGUUCGGAUACCGUCGGUGUCUUGACCAUGGAUUUCCUAGCAAGCCAUCAUGUAUGGCCCAUGACCCAAAGCUGCGACUGCUGGCUGUUGGAACGAAACAGGGAAUUAUCAAAGUUUAUGGACAGCCAGGUGUGGAACUUACAGGUGAAUUGAUGAGCGAUGCCACAGUCAAUCAGCUAUUUUUUCUCAAUGAUGAGGGAAGACUGGUGGCAGUAAGCAGUGACAACACCAUCUAUUUGUGGGAGAUCAAUGUUAAAAAAGAGAAGACCGUUUUAGAGAAUGUUAAAGAGUUUGUCUUCGGAGUAGAAGAAGGGAAACCCAAGAACAUAUCAGUAUGUUGUGUGACAAAAGACGGAAAGUGUUUGUUGAUUGGGACAGAAGAGGGCAACAUUUACAUGCUAGAUCUACAAACAUUCAAACUUAUGGAGCAGAUUGUCUACCAAGAUGUUGUCAUGCAAAAUGUACCGGAUGAUUUCAAAGUCAAUCCUGGCGCAGUGGAAACAAUUGCUAACCAUCCCACUAAUCCCGACAAGUUCUUGAUCGGCUACAACAGAGGGUUGAUUGUGCUAUGGGACAACAAAGAAUGUAAUGCUGACCAGACCUACAAUGCUACACAGCAAUUAGAGUCUGUAGCAUGGCACCGAAAUGGGUCAGAGUUUAUUAGUGCUCACAUAGAUGGUAGCUAUAUCAAGUGGAAGUCCACAGACUCCUCAGAACCCAAGGAACCGGCUCUGACUCCCUACGGUCCUUUCCCAUGCAAAGCCAUCAGCAAGAUCUGCUGGAAAACAGCGAAGAGUGACCCGUUCAUCAUAUUCUCUGGUGGUAUGCCAAGGGCUAGCUAUGGAGACCGUCACACCAUCAGUGUGAUGCAGGAGAAUUCAAACAACCACAUUGUGUUUGACUUCACGUCCAAGGUGGUGGACUUUGUUACUCUGACACGGGCUGAUGAAAAUGAUACCAGCGAGGAAAGGGAUGAGAACGAUGAGCCCCACACAUUGGUUGUACUGGCCGAGGAGGAGAUUGUCCUUAUUGACCUUGACUCGAACAACUGGCCAACAUUCCGUCUGCCUUACAUGAACAGCUUGCACUGUUCUGCCAUUACCUGUUCUCAACAUAUUGGCAACAUCCCCAAUCAGCUCUGGCAGAAAAUUUUGGAUGCAGGAGAAGCUCAGAUGGAUGGCUUGUCAAAGAGAGACUGGCCUAUAAAUGGAGGUAAACUUGAAGGAGCAGAAGGGUCAACUAAAGACUUGAUGCUGACUGGUCAUGAAGAUGGAACAGUAAAAUUCUGGGAUGCAUCAGGUACUUCCAUGAAGUUGUUGUACAAGCUGUCAACCUCUAGCAUAUUUAAUGUAGACAUCCAUACAAGUGGCGACAGCAAUGGUGAAGUUGAGGAGGAGUGGCCUCCCUUUAGAAAGGUUGGAAGCUACGAUCCAUUUAGUGAUGAUCCGAGACUUGGCAUCCAGAAAAUCUCCCUUUGUCCACUCAGCGAGACACUGGUUAUUGCAGGAACAGCUGGUCAAGUGGUCAUCUUACAAAUGGAGCGUGAAGAUCGAGAACAGGAGGUAGAAACAGUGAAGGUCAAUGUUGUGAACGAUCGUGACAGUUUCGUGUGGAAGGGUCAUGAAGCGCUACCACAACGGGAGGGAGACAUCAAGUUUGCGUCAGGAUUCCAACCCACAAGUGUGAUGCAGGUGUACCCACCGGCUGCAUGUACCGCUCUUGCAUUUAACUCUGAAUGGCAGCUAGUAGCCGCUGGUACAGCCCAUGGCUUUGGUCUGUUUGAUUAUGCCCAGAAGAAGGAAGUGUUAGUUCGCUGUACCCUUAAUCCCACAGAUAUGAGUGGAACAUCAGAUACGCCUAUGUCAAGGAGGAAAUCCCUGAAGAAAUCCUUGAGAGAAUCAUUCCGUAAGCUGCGACGGGGACGUUCACAGAGACGAGAAAAAGUAAAGAAAGAUGAGAAAACUGAGGAAAAGACCACUGGUAUAGAGGAGACCCCAGCAGAGGGCGCUACCAGUCGGACAUCCCCAGCAGCAUCACCUGAACCUCGCCCAGUGGAACGAGCUGUAGAAGCUCGCAGCACAGAGGAUUCCAUGGCAUCAAUGGUUAGAUGUCUGUACUUUGCAGAUACAUUCAUCACACAAGGUGCUGGAAACACUCCUUCACUUUGGGUUGGUACAAAUGGUGGACAUGUCUACAUCUACAGCAUAAAUGUACCAACAGAGAAAAGGUCAGAAACAGAUGUUGCAUCGCUACUUGCUAAAGAAAUAAAGCUACGUCACAAGGCACCGGUAAUUUCAAUCGGUGUGGUUGAUAGCCGUGCCCGAACCCUUCCUGAUCCACUUGAGGUCCAACAUGAGCGAGCCAAAGCUCCAGAAAUGUCAGGACAGCAUUCCGUAGUUAUUUGCUCCGAAGAGCAGCUCAAGAUAUUUUCACUACCCCAGCUGAAGGCAAGAUGGAAGUUCAAACUUACUGCUCUUCACGGCUCCAGAAUCCGCAAAGUUGCUUUUGUCACAUUUAGAAGCAAAAGUGAUGAAAAUUACACAGAGAAUGACAUUGCUUGCCUUAGUAACCAAGGUGAUCUGAGUGUGUACUCAAUCAUGACACUGCGGGAACAAUUAAUGGCUUCGGCCCUACGUAGAGAAGACAUCAAUGGUAUCUCGUCCUUUACCUUUACAAAACAAGGCCAGGGCUUUUUCCUGAACUCUCCGUCAGAAUAUAUCCGUGUCACUCUGUCAUCACGGUAUGUGACAGAUUCUAACUGUGUUGUGGAACUGAAGGAAGGCAUGAGACCUGAGCCAGAACCGGAACCAGAACCUGAGCCAGUUGUAGAGGCCACCCCUGUGGCUGAGGCUGCAACAGAGGGUGCUGAUGAGGGUCAAACACAGGAAGAGGAAAAACAAGGCGAGGGCGAGAACCUAGCGAGUCAACAGCAGUACAACAGUGGGGAUAUCGCUGAGGCUCUUAGUGAUUCUCAGCUGAUGAAUGACUCGCGGGCAGAUACAACACUAGAAGGGGAGAUAACUCAAGACAGUAUCCAAGUUAUGGAGACAAUUUCCAGUGAGGUGACCACAGAGGUCCAGUCCAAUACCGUUGUCCAGACAACGACCACAACAGUGGCUGAGGUAUCACAAACAGCCUCCUCCGUCAUGGAGACUGUCACUACAGUGUCAUCGUCAACGACAGAGGCAAUUACCACACAAGUAAAUAACAUAGACGACGACACCAAGGCGACACAGCCAGUUGUGGAGGAGAAUGAUACUUCAGAUAAGUUGAAGGAACUGAAGAUAACUGAAGAUGUAGACGAAACAGUAAUCGCCAAGAAAGUGGCACAGGAAGCUGAUACCAUUGUGGACACUGCAGUUGCAAGUUAAUUAGAGUUGUCCCUCCUUUGCAAUACUCUUCUGUGAGUGAGGUGUUUGGUAUCAGGGCAGCUGGGACCAAGAGAGCAGGCGCUUUUACAGUAUUCUGCAGCACUGAUAGUCUGGGCAUAUCUCAUGAUCUUGUCUAUUAGAGGACUGGAACAGGACAAUGAUUUCAGAUGAAAUUCUUCAAAAGACAUGCUGUCAUAGAUGAAAGUCUGUUAGAUUGAAUGAUAAGAAAAACUUGCAAACCACUGAUCAGCUGGUGACCGGUAAUGUCACCACUAAUUUAUGACAUGGACGUACAAUUAAAUUUCUCUAUUAGAAUAAGUGGGCAUUAAUGAAGUUUACACAUUACUUGAGAUUAAAUGACAGCAUGCAUUAUCUUAAUAACAUCAGAAAUUGACAUUGCUCACCUUUACCAAUACAGCUUUAAGUAGGAUGGUGUGGUAUGCAUUAUCUUCGUAUGUUUCUUGGAUCUGAAUGGAAUUAUCUGUAAAAUAAAGAUAAAAACAGCCAGAUGUAAGAUAUUUCAUAUCCAUACACUCAUUUAACCAACCUUAAAUUAUUACUUGAAUGUUUAUUAAGAUCUUCUUGUUUCGUUACUAUGGUGAUAAGCAGUACUGUUGCUGUGUUAUAAAUAUAUAUCCGUCAGUAGUCAGGGAUGUAGACAGCUUCCGUUUUCAUAUGUGUUUUUGUAAGGUUUUUGUAAGUAUUCCAAAUUGAUCACAAAUAAUUGUAACUUAUGCAAAUUUUUAUUUUAUACAAUUUUUUUCAAGCUUCUUUGAUUAUUGCUCUCUGUAUUUUAUGUAUUUGUAUGUGAAAUAGUGCAAUUCAAGUCAAUGAUAAUCCUGUGAAAUCUUGAGUCCAGGAUUAGGCAGCACAAGCAAUGCCCCAUUGCAUGGUUCAAACAGAAAAAUAAAUGCUAUUUAGAAUAUUUGUUUUAGUAUAUAUUAUUUGGGUAAUUAUGUUUAAUAACUGGCUUCUUUAUUUUACAAAACAGUUUUGAGAUUUCCCCUGUAUGUCCAGCAAUGCAUUUCCAAUUAAAACGAAAACAUGAAACCGAAGUUUCCUGAAGUUGGAGAUUUUCAUGAAAGUGAUGCUAGAUACAGUUCAAAGAGUGAAACUAUUCUGUUAUAUUCAUGUGUUUUUAAAUAUUACUUCCAAAAUCGUUUUCAUAAGACAUAGUAACUAAACAGUGUGUUAUAUGUGUUUGUGUAGAAGUUUGUACAGUUUUAGAUAAAAUGUGAUAGUUUAUAUAGAAUAUUGAAUUCUGUGCUAAUAAGUAUAUGUUAAAAGCAAUAUUCUUACUUUAUCAAAAACAAAUUUAAGAAUAUUAACUAACAAUAGAUCUCUACAUGUUUUAAAUGAAAAAGUUUUGCUGUUACAAGUCACUCGUUGUCCAUGACUUGUGACAAUACAUCUAUACCUGACUUUUGGACUUGAUUCAUACAAGGUACAUAUUUAAAAAACAGUUUUGUUCUUUUUCAGUUGAUGCAAAACUACAAAAGUUUGAAGUGAAUUUAAAAUCGAUUUUUAAAAUUAAAAAGAAAGAUUUGUAUAAUUGGGAUAAAUAAAAGUAUGUGUAAAGAGCGUAAUUUCAUAAUACAGUUUAGUGAGCUAAAACUUAUUCAUUUAUAUGUGGUAUAAAAUUGUAAAUAGUAUAAAUUACUAACAGUAGACUUAAUGAACUCUGGUUUAGGUAAGAUCAAUCUCUAUGUGUUCAGAUAGUUAUGGAAGGGCUAAAAUGGUUGUGAUGUUUUGAUGUCUGAACUGAGAUGUGGAUAUUUUAGGCAUAAUACUGUUUGAUGGUAGUCAAUUAGCACAAAAUAUUGUCAAAGAAUGUAAUUAAUGAAGAAACAUUUUACUUAAGUCGUUGUGAUUGGCAGGUUUUUCUCAGGGACGGCGGUAACUGAGCUCCGUUGUCCAUAUUACUAUAGAACGGUUGUAUUUGUAUGAUCUCUGGAUGUGUUCCUCUUAUUGUGAACUUUUUUUUUAAUCCAAAGCUUAAGUGAUUUCAACACUGUAGACUCUGAAGUUUUCAUGUAGGAGUCUAAAAUAUAUCUAUAAAAGGAAUAAUGUUGUAAAAUUUUAUCUCAGAAACAUCAAACGAUCAAAAUCAGAUUUCAGAUACUGAUAACCAUCAGAGAGAGAAAAAUAUUGAAGUUGGAAUGGGUUGUUAUAGAGAAAUCAUGGGCUAACUCUAUACCAGUACUAUAACAGAAGUUUGGUCGUUUGAACAAGACAUGAAAAGUUCAGUUUCUACAGUAAAAUACCAUUUAUUUGCCUUAUCAAUUGUUAAAUGCAAUUUUACACAUUAUGCUUGUGCCUCGCUGUUCGUGUCCCGUUUUAGGAUGGAGAUAUGCUUGUUAAAGUUGUGUUAUAAUACCUCUGUUUUGAGGGUUUAAGGAAUAGGGUUUAUUUUUCUCACUAGUGUAUACAUGUUAUAGUAUUACCAGAAUAGCAGAUUUUGAUAAUGUUUCAAUCACUUUGGAGGACGAUUGCUUAUAAGGCUUUGAUUUAAGUGUGAAUAUUAUAAAACUUCAAACAUUGUGUAUGAUUGAAAAUCAUUCUAGAAGCAAACCAGAAUAUUUUCAAAAAUCAAAUCUUCAUUUUUAUAGCUUAGAAAAGUCUAAACCGUUGAAUAGAUUAUUUGAUAAAACUGCUGCAGAUGACUGAGUUCUAGCAGAUGUGGGUUACACCAACUCCAUUUCAUAGUAAAACCAUAAUUAUAUGAUCAGACAACAUAGAGUCUUGUCGAUGCCAGUGUAACUAACUGCCAUCUUGUAUCAUUACUGUGCUUGCUAUCAGUCUUGUAUUGUUUGGUAACAUGGUAAGUGUCUGUGCAUUUGAUUAAAAUCACUCAUACUGGUUGUAAAUGAAUUGUGUAUAAUUCUUGUAAUGUAUAAUGGCAUUAUUUUGAUUACAACCAUCAAGAUGAAAGCCGAAUAAAAUAUUCCACCAUAAC